CUAAACCUGUCUCUGAGGAUGAAGUUCGAGAAUAUCCUGGAGGAAAUCGAUGGUUUUGGUCCUUUCCAAAUCGCCAUUAUCAUUCUGCUCUGCACCCCUCGAAUUGUUCUCCCCUGUCAUUUCUUACUGAAUAACUUCAUCGCUGCGGUGCCUCCUCACCACUGUGACAUCAGCACGUUUGACGAUGGAGGACCCUUUAGGAAUCUUACCCACGAGCAAAGACUGACCAUCAGCAUUCCCGUGCGAGGAGAUGGGAACCCAAAAUCUUGUGAGAUUUUCGCCGAGCCUCAGUACCAGCUCUUGUCCAACAGCUCAAACAGCGCUGACCUGCCCACAGUUCAGUGUCAGAGUGGAUGGGUUUACUACAACUCAACCUUCACUUCCACCCUGACAACAGAGUGGGACCUUGUCUGUGAUAGAAAAAGCCUGACAAAAGCCACAGGCACAAUCUUCUUUUUCGGUGUGAUGAUUGGAGCCAUAGCUUUUGGAUUCCUCUGUGAUAAGUAUGGGAGGAAAAACACUCUUUUGGCCUCAUACAUCAUGGCGAUCAUAUUUGGCUUCUCCAGUGCAUUUGCAAACUCCUAUGCCCUGUUUGCAGUGCUGAGAUUUCUCACCGGGUUCGGACUGACGGGAAUCACCACCAAUUCACUUGUUCUCAGUAUCGAGUGGGUCGACACAAGCCAUAGAUCAUUUAUCGGCGUGAUUGGCAGCCUGUCCUGGUCUCUAGGUAACAUGCUCUUGGCUGGGUUUGCCUUCCUGGUGAAUGACUGGCGGACGCUGAUCAUGACUGUUACAGCCCCUCUGGGUUUUGCAGUUCUCACCUGGUGGUGGAUUCCUGAAUCUGCUCGAUGGCUUUUAGUGAAUGGUAAAGUGGAAAAAGCCCAGUUUUACCUCGACAAAUGUGCAAAGUUCAACAAAAAACAAAACCUGUCAACCAAAUUAAAACUGGAGCUACAGACACUCUCCAACAUAGAAAUGAUGGACAAGAUGGACAAAAACUACACUUACCUUGACCUACUCAAGACCCCGAAGAUGAGGCAGUUAACUCUCUUAACUGGGAUUGUGUGGUAUGGAGUUGCUUCCACAUAUUAUGGAAUCAGCCUGAACAUCAGUGGAUUUGGUUUGAACAUGUACCUCACACACUUCAUUUAUGCAGCCAUUGAAGUACCAGCCAAGCUGAUGAUCUAUUGCCUUCUCAACAUCAUUGGACGCAGGAAAUGUCAAGCAGGCACACUGUUACUGACAGGAAUCUGCAUUGCCAUAAACAUCUUUGUUCCACAAGGUCUGUGGCAUGUGCGUGCUAUUGUUGCUAUUCUUGGAAAGGGCCUGUCAGAAGCUUCCUUCACAACUGUCUUCCUCUACACAACAGAGCUUUACCCCACAGUCAUCAGACAAAAUGGUUUGGGCUACACCAGCUUCAUGAGUCGUCUUGGAGUAUCAGUGGCUCCUCUUAUCCUGCUGCUGGAGGACGUGUGGACUCUUCUUCCUCAGAUUAUCAUCUGCUCUGUGGCCAUCGUAGCUGGCCUGGUGUCUCUGCUGCUACCAGAGACACAGAAUGUGAGGCUGCCAGAGAAAAUUGAUGACAUUGAAAACCCUAGAGCAAAUGACACCUCUCACUCAAUGAAGUCUUCAGACAUUUUCCUGGAAUCAAAGACCACAACAGACCCUUAGCAGAAAAGAUAUGAGUAGAACAAGGACUUUGUUUAUGUGCUCACAGACCUCAUGACCUUACUGCCUCAGUGACAAUGAGCAUACUGUCAUAUAUAUGUUCAUACAUAUGUUAAUCACCUCUUUGUUGUAUUUGUAUUGAAAACUCAGGUCAUUUUUUUGAAUGUUUGUGUGGUUUGUAAACACCAAGAAACUAUCAAAUAUUGUAGAUGAUUUAUUUAUGAGGUACAAACUGAAUAAAUUACAUUUGUCACCAGUUUA